AAGAACAUUCUCUUUCCUCACAAAUCUCGUUCAUUCUCUCUGAUCGGGGCAAAGGAAAAGUACAUUUUGACCCCCCUCUCCUUGUCUCUCUUAUCGUAAACACAAAGGAAAUCUUCUCUCUCCACUAGUUUCUCUCUCAUCAAACAUGAGAGAGAGAUAAAACCCCUUUAAGGCUCAGAUUCAAUGAUGGCAGCCAUAGCUUCUUGGGGUUGAGCCAAUCUGAACUGACAUGCCUGCUUGGUGGAAUAGAUCCUCACCCAAAAAAGGGAAGAGUUCUUCUUCAAACAACAGCCAGAGGACAAUUGAUAACAGAGAGAGGAGCAAGAGGAAUGGUGAUCAAGGAAGUAGUCGUGGGGUUCUUGAUGAUGGGGUUCAUGGAGAUUAUUCAGAGUUGCAGAGAAAAGGGAGAGAUGUGAGUGUUGUUGGGGGGGCUGAAUUGCUCUUACCAGAGGGAUCGAAGCUCGGGCACCCUCUGCCACGUCCUUCGGUGUCCUCUCUCUCGACGACGUCUAGCGAUAGCUGUUCGAGCUCCUCGGAGGAUGCAACUGAGUGGGGGUUCUCCAAUUUCAGGUAUGGGGAAACCCCGACCUUGAACAUUCAAAUUGGUAAAUCCUCGAGACCCUCUACAUCAAACUGCCACCCAUAUUCUGCCAAUGUUCCUGAUUGCAUUAGGCCUCAAGAAGGCCACCCACAUUCAACAAAUGGCUCCCAGUUCAUGUCAAGUUGUGGUGCCCUUUCGGUUUCACCAAGAGGUGAAUUUCAUAUACACAAUCCUGACCUUUCUCACACUGGAGCCCACGGAACUUCUAGUGAGAUAAAGUUUGCUGGCUCGGGGGGUAGGCAAACUCGGCAAUCCACUGCUUAUCCAUUGCAUCUAAGUCCUAGAGCGAGAAGCCCGGGUCGACCGAUAUCGAGAUGUCGAGGCCCUACAUCUCCUAUACAUUCACGUGCAAGUGGUUCAAGUCUUGAAUCCUCAAAUGGAAAACAAGAAGAAGGUAGAGGUUUGUGUCACCCAUUACCUCUCCCUCCUGGUUCUCCGAAUUCCUCUUCUCCACGGGGUGUACCUAGUUCUCCAGUUACUUCAUCUCCCAGAGCCAUUGGGGCUAUUGAGAAUUUGCAUUGCAUUGGUUCAAGAUGGAAGAAGGGAAGGUUGUUAGGAAGAGGGACCUUUGGCCAUGUUUAUGUUGGGUUUAACAGUGAAAGUGGACAAAUGUGUGCAAUAAAAGAAGUCACAGUAAUUUCUGAUGAUCGGAAUUCCAAAGAAAGCCUAAGGCAGUUGGGCCAGGAAAUAUCUGUGCUUAGCCAGCUUUCUCACCCAAAUAUUGUACGAUACUAUGGCAGCGAAAUGGCUGAAGAUGCACUAUGUAUCUUUCUGGAAUAUGUUUCUGGAGGUUCUAUAUAUAAAUUACUUCAAGAAUAUGGUCCAUUUAAGGAGCCCGUAAUUCGGAGUUAUACUGGACAAAUUCUUUCAGGGCUUGCGUAUCUACAUAAAAGGAAUACUUUACACAGGGAUAUCAAAGGCGCAAAUAUACUUGUUGAUCCUAAUGGUGAUGUCAAACUGGCCGACUUUGGCAUGGCUAAGCAUGUCAGUGCAACCUCCUCUCUGCUGUCUUUCAAGGGAAGCCCUUACUGGAUGGCUCCUGAGGUUACCAUGCAUGGUAAUGGUUACAACUUGGCAGUGGAUAUAUGGAGUCUGGGGUGCACAAUAAUUGAAAUGGCAACAUCAAAACCACCUUGGAGCCAAUAUGAGGGGAUGGCAGUCAUAUUUAAAAUUGCAAAUAGCAAAGAUAUCCCAGAAAUUCCCUAUCAUCUCUCUGAAGAUGGCAAACACUUUUUGAGAUUAUGCUUGCAGAGAGAUCCAUCAGCACGUCCAACUGCAACCCGACUCCUAGACCAUCCUUUUGUUAGAGAUCAAACUUCAGCUAAAGCUGCAAAGAGACCACUUCAUAUCGAGAAGGAACAUGUCCUUGCCUGUUUCUCCCUCCACGAGCCCUUUAAGACAAUUUGGAUCCACCCACCUAAACGUUUUGCUCUCCCCUCAUCAUCCAACUAGCCAAAAAUUAUUGGGUGGUAACGAAAUUUUAAAUCAGUCACGUCUUGAACCUUUGCCCAGUCUCUCUCGUUGGUGCACUCAAACCAUGCAGACACAUGAUGGUCUUCCAAGUAUGCGAGACGUGUACAAGCCGUUGUAUUGAUGAACAGUUUGCAUUUUAUGGUUCAUUUUUUCAUUUAUCGUCUUGGUUAUCGCUCCAUACUAGUAGAGAGGAAUUGUUUGGGUUUUUCACUCUCUACUGUUCAAGAAGAAUAAACAGAAAAGCACACCACUUAAAGAUGGGUGGGGAUGUCACUGUAAUGAGUUGUGAUAUUAGUCUCUUUGUUGAGACUUGGAAUGGUGGUCACUACUGCUUGAAAUGGUGUUCUGUUAACUUCUUUUUUGACUGCUUAAUAUGGGUAUUGUAAUUUGUAGGCUGUUCAUUUUA